AUGCUUAAACCAGAAAAGGACCCGGGGUAUUACCAGAAAUUGUUCAACGAUCAUCCCAACAUUUUGAAGUAUGAUGUUGCUGAAGUACUUUCCAAGUAUAAACCAUCAAAUGAUUGCCAUCUCAAUAGCUUUGCACUUGGCCCAUUUGAACUUUCAGAUGAUAUUUUAUUUACAGCUAUUGACGACUGUUUUCCUUUUGUUGGUAGAGAAAAGGAAAUGAAAAUGUUAGAGAUAUGUAUUAUUGAUAAUAUCAAGAUUUGGAACCGAUUACAUAAUCAUCAUCCUAAUUUUUGUCAUACAGAUGCUCUUGAAUCAUUCAAAAGAUUAUACCAAACUCUAGUGGUUGCUGGAGCACCAGGAAUAGGGAAAACAACAUUUAUACAACGUGCAUUAGACCAUACAGAAAGGAUGCUGAUUAAUCAGUAUUAUACAGAGUCAGUCAUAGUAUUAAGGAUCCUACAUCAAUCAAUUAAUGGAAGGGAAUAUCAUCUGUUCUUAAAUGAUUUAGAAUAUUAUCUUGAAUCAUAUGGCUUACACUUGAAGGAUAUCAAUCUCAAAACUGUACUUGAUCAUGUCCUUCAUGAGAAAUCAGAUCACAACCAAUUACUCACAAUGUUUCACAUUACUGAAACAAAUAUUUUUUUCCAAAAUGAUGAAGGCAGGCUUUUAGAAGCAAUCACAAACAGCAUUUAUAAUUUCAACAAGUCACAAGGAACUCAUUUUCUCUUUACUUGUUAUGAUGGAACACAUAGAGAUGAUUUAUAUAUGUCAUUUGGAAGCAGUGGACCUACAAUUUACCAUGAAUUUACAAUUAUCAUUAACCCAGAUGUAGUUAGAGCUUCUCAACAUGCUUCCAGGACAAGAUUUUACUAA